AUGGCUCAACUAGAGAAGACAGAAACACCAAUUAUAUUUGCUCCUAAGACAUUCCAAUUCGAUAAGGAUGCAUUAGAUGAAUCCAAUUUGAAAGAUAAUCCAAUUGAAUUAUUUACAGAAUGGUUUAAUGAAGCUAAAGAAUGUCCUACUGAAAAAUUACCUGAGGCUAUUACAUUCUCUUCUGCGGAAUUACCUUCCGGUAAAGUAAGCUCUAGAGUAUUACUAUUUAAAGAGCUUGAUCAGAGAGGGUUUACAAUUUACUCCAAUUGGGGGACUUCUGGUAAAGCUCAUGACAUAAAGUCCAACCCAUAUGGUGCUAUUAAUUUCUUCUGGAAAGAUCUACAAAGACAGGUUCGUAUUGAAGGACCAGCAGAAUAUGUGAAUAGAGAGACAUCAGAGCGUUACUUCAAUACUAGACCAAGAGGUUCUAAGAUUGGUGCAUGGUCAUCUCCACAAUCUCAAGUAAUUAAGAAUAGAGGUGAAUUGGAUGAAUUGAAUAAAGAAAAUACAGAACGUUUUGAGGGCAGUAAAGACAACGAAAUUCCUUGUCCAGAAUAUUGGGGUGGACUAAGAAUUGUUCCACUAAUAAUUGAAUUUUGGCAGGGUAGACCAAGUCGUUUACAUGAUAGGUUCCUCUACACAAGAGAAUCUGAAAAUGAUCCAUGGAAGGUGGAAAGAAUUGCUCCUUGA